AUGUGGAAGACUCUGCUCUGUCAAGACGCCAACGACUCCGACCAGGAACAACAGCCCGAACCUACCCCUCCAGUGGGUGCGAUCAUGUCACCUCCGUCCCCCCAACGUGCUGGACGUGCACUCGUUCCGUCAAAGCACGAUUCGGAAUCAGAAUCAGAACAAUCAGAACCAGAACCGAGCGCGUUAUCGUGCCAGAGUCAGACUCGGACCACUCCAGCUCCGCCGACGUUGACGAUCGAUCAUUCGGCUACGGUCGAGCAUCGCAGUGACGACAGUCAAGAGGCCGAGUUGACACCGACGACGGUCAUCCCCAACUCGGUGCAGGUCGAUGAACCGUCGAGUAUCAUCGUGCCCACCAGGUGUCCGCCCGGGACCACAACCGAAAGCACGAGCACGACAUCGUCUGGACAGGAGCAAGCACACCCCGACGUAGAGCCGUCCAACAAGACUACAGACACCGCGCCUUCGCUGGGUCCAGCAUCACCCUCCAAGAGCCAACUUCGUGCAUCAUCACCCCUCUUGGCCAAGUUGCAAACCCGCGCUUCUUCUUCGUCGUCGUCGUCUUCGUCGUCGCCCGCCGUCGUUUCGCAUACACUCACCCCUCCCACACCCGUCGACUCGCCCGCGCGAUUACAAACCCAUCGAUGGCCCAUCGAGAAUGCGCAUACCUUGCAUUCACCCUUGAACAAAACGUCCCUUUUGCCGACCGAUGCGUUGAGGGAGGAACCGGCCUCCGAUCCGUCGACUCAGAGCACAACCUCGGACUCGUCGUCUCGAGCAGCGCGUGGUCCUCCGACCCCUUCGAUGCCACGAAGAUCGAGUUCGGGGGCGAGUGGCUCUAGCAGUACCGCACGAAAUUACAAAGAGACGUUGAAUGCGUAUGCGGUAGAGGAUGAGGAUGGCGUGCGAUCCGUCAAUCAGUAUGUGCUCGGGAAGGAUAAGAAGGGGUCGUUGGGCAAGGGUAGUUAUGCGACGGUCGAAAGAGCGACGGAUAGGGAGACGGGCGUCGAAUACGUAUGUUGAGCAAAUGGACCGUUGAGCUCCUUCCAGAUUUCGCUGAUAUUCCUCUGAUUCUUGACGUACAGGCGAUGAAAGAAUUCAGCAAGCGGCGACUGAGGCAGAUUGCCGCGAGUGAACAGGCACGAAGGGAGCGCAUGGCUGGGGGAGGGAGGGGGAGAGGAAGAGGGAGAGGGAGAGGCGGCUCCCCGAUGGUCUCGAAACGGGCGUGUACGCAAGAUUUCGAUGAUAAGCAAGGGUCCGAUAACCUGGAUCUCGUUCGUGCGUUGGGAGUGGGAAUCGGUUUCGAGCUUGGUGAUAUGGGAUUGGAAGCUGAUUUGUUGGUCUCGGCGCGGUACAGGGACGGAGAUUGCUAUCAUGAAGAAGGUCAAGCAUCCGUGUAUUGCCACUAUACAUGAGGUAUUGGAUGUGACGAGGUGAGUGACGGGCAUAUUGGAGACAGCCGCUUUUCGUCGAUGCUGAAGGGCGAAUCUCAUCUCGAUUCAAGCGAUGACGCUCUGCUUAUCGGUAAGUCCUUGGCCCUUUCUACUCAUAUAAGCAGUGCUUGCAGUACUUACAUCGUCUAUCCUGAAUCAUAGUGAUGGAACUCUGCGCCGGUGGCCCCAUCAUGCGCAUCGAAGCCGGCAAAAAGACCGAUCCGAUGCCGCUCGACGAAGCUCGGCGCGUGUUUCAGCAACUCGUGCUUGGUACGUCCAUCUUGAUGGAGCAAGUGUGCGGUCGCAUGGCUCAUUCCUUACUUGGGGUUGAUCUUGCAGGCGUCGCAUAUCUCCAUCAUAACCAUAUCAUACAUCGCGACAUCAAACCCGAUAGUGAGUGCCCGAGCUCCACACCCGAUCCGAUUGAGACGAGUCGUUGACAAGCUACGGCCAUCCCAGACUGCCUCUUCAUGGCCGACAAGCGCUCGGUCAAGCUCAUCGAUUUUGGCAUAUCCAAAUUCACCGCCGAGACGGGGGACAAACUCGAUGCCAAGGGCUCACCGGCGUACAUGCCACCUGAGUUGUUGGGCGCAGGGACGGUACAGCAUGACCAUGAGCGUGAGCAGGAACAGGGUGGGGCGGAUCGGUCGCAGACGGUGAGGCAUCGACAGGAUGUGCAUGGCUAUGCUAGUGAUGUUUGGAGUUUGGGUGAGUUUGAUCGGUCAAUCGUUGAGGAUUCGGUGCGCGUAGCUAAUCUCAUUCACGUAUUCCUAGGCGUGACAUUGUACGCGCUCGUUACCGGUGGGCUACCGUUUGACGAUGCGGAUGCGACCGAGUUGUUCCAUCAGAUCAAGAAUGUUAAGUGCGUCCAGUCCUACCAAUCUUUGAACGCUCCGCCUCCUAGCUGACCUCAAUUGCCCUGCUCCCAGCCCAACCUACCCCUCCCACCUCCCCACCACCCUCCAACACCUCCUCUCACGCAUGCUCGAAAAAGACCUCCACCAGCGGAUAUGCAUCGGGGAGAUAUGGGACGACCCCUGGACGAAUCAGGAAGGCGAGGAUAGGUUGGUGCCGUAUGAGGAGAAUUGCGUGGAUUUGGAAGAGCCGACGAGGGAGGAGGUGGAGAGGGCAUUGAAUGUUUAUCGGGCUUCGGUGAGUUGGGAAUUAGGGAUGGGAUCAGGAGAGGAGAAAUCGGGAGCUGAUGCAGAUCGAAUUCUUUGUUUUCUUUCGCCUCGUCGCGUAGACUUUUCUCGCUAUGUCCGUUGUCGCGAAACUCAAGGGCAAGCGACGCGUCAGUCAAGAUUCGUCGAGGAGAGCCACUUCGGUUGACGAGGGCGACUCCGACAAGGGCGCUUCCGCCAACACGGGCUUGAAUGGAAGCUCAAACGGAGGAGCUGAAGGCGGGAGGACGCCGACGCCUGGUACGCCGACGCAGGCUUCGAGCCUCGUCAGUUCUCCGGCUGAAUCACCGGGACUGGAAGAGUCCGAGGAUCCGAAGGGGUUGGAAGGUUUCGUUAAGGGGGCGAAAAUCGUCAAGAAAGGGGAGUAG